AUGGACGAGAUCACAAAGAUCGACAACCCGAUAGACACAUCUGCCGAUCGAAACCAUCGGUCUGAAGAGGCUCUCGCGGCAAUCGCUGUUCUUUGUGUGUAUGAGCUCUUAGACGCACCAGGACCAGAAUGGAUAGCGCAUAUGAGUGCCCUACCUCUUCUCGGGACUGCUCCUGCGCAAAUACUGGACACACUUUCUCCACAGCCUCCACCUCGAGAACUGUCCAAACGGUCUAUAUUCUGGAACUUUGUUAGGCAGGAUUAUCUCUACGCAUUUAUCCACGAAACCCGUACUCGACUGAAUCCGGAUGAUCCACAGUUCUGGCGCGAGAGCGGUCUCCUCGUGGGCGAGAAUGGCUUCCUCGAACCACAUUGCGCGACUGAUGCCGGGAACUAUACCUGUCUCACGACAGACGAGGAUUUAGUGAGCCAUUGUUUGUUUUGGAUUCUUGGCAAAAUUGCCAACUUCAUAGUAGCCUUGGUUGAGCUCGACCCUGAUGAGUCCAAUGAGCCCAAUGCGUCUUCUGGUAAACUGUCUCACGAUGAGAUCACCAGCGAGUGGCUGCACAACUCGUCAAAGUCCAAGCGCGACGCGAACAUAGGAACAAAGUGCUGA